AUGAGAGACGCCGGCUUUGUCACGAAGAACGCGGCCUUUGGGAUGACCAUCCUUGUAGGGGCGAGCAAAACGCUUUUCACCAUCUUAGCCGCCCUGUACGUGGACCAAAUGGGUCGUCGGCCCUUGCUUUUCAUCUCCAUCGGAGGACUCUUUGUCUUCCUGAUCGUGAUGGGCCUGGCCUUUGAACGAGAGAGUCUGGCCUGGUUGAUGGUGGUAGGGACCACUGAGGUAUUCAGCACGCGCAUCCGUGCCAAGGCCAUGUCAUUGGCAACGUCCUCCAACCGUCUUAUCGCUGGAAUCGUUGCGAGUACAACGCUCCCCCUGGUCCAGGCGCUGACACCCAUGGGGUUCUUCUUCUUCUACGCCUGCAUGACGAUGGGCACUGGGGCCUACGUCACAGGCGGGUGCCCGGAGAAAUAG